AUGAGGCAGGUGGGACGCGCGGCGCUGCUGGCGGCGCUGCUGCUCCUGGCGGCGCUGCGCCCGGGGAGCAGCCAGUGGAGCCCGGAAGCGGCGGUCGCGGGGGUCCGGGACCCGAGUCUGCGCUGGAGCCCUGGGGCGCGGAACCAGGACGGCGGGGCCCGCGCGCUACUCUUGCUGCUGGCCGAGCGCUUCCCGCGCCGCGCGGGGCCGGGAGGAUGGGGACCCCGGACUGCGGGAGAGCGGCCGAGACGGGACGACCCUCCGCUAUCCAUUGACCUCACCUUCCACCUGCUGCGGACCCUGCUGGAGCUGGCGCGGACGCAGAGUCAGCGGGAGCGCGCCGAGCAGAACCGCAUUAUAUUCGAGUCCGUGGGCAAGUGA